UAUCUUCAGUUUCAUUAUCCACUAUUGAAUUUGGUGGAGUUUAAAAAAGACUUUAUGUAGUGUGUGUGUUGUUGCAGGACAUACUAUCUAUUUAAAAAGAAAAACAAUCCAAGUAAAUGAAAUCGAGCAACUGAUUAAAUAUUUACCAGGAUUCUGGAGAGGUGUUGUUACAUCAUCUAAGGGGCUUGAGCAGGCAAACCAGUAAGUUACAAAAGUAGGCUAUAUCAUUCAAGUGAGGUAGUUUAUAGCCUACGUCAUCAUAAAUAGCCUAUAACCGGGAAUUAUCGGACUUUGAGCCAUUUUCCUGAAAUUCUAAUAAGAAGUUGUCUUUAUUCUUUCCCUAAUCCCUUAGGCCUAUGACUGUAUACUGACUUCCACCAAGUUAAGUUUCGUUUCCCUGAUAGUGACCCGGUGUUUAUUUUCCUGGCGAGCAAAGUCCCCCAGCCUGCGCGCUACAUAGUGGCACAUCCUGACAGCUGUGCAGUACAAGCACAGAUGGAGUCACAGCUGCCUACCAUGCAGGCCGCAGCGCUAGUCUACAAGGUGACGUGUGCCCAGUCUGGGCGAUCGGACCUCGGUCAGCUGAAGGACGAUCUAGCUGGCCGGAUCCAGAAAGACGAACUUGAGCAAAUUCUGGGGAAUAAGCAACUGUUUGUUGUUUGCAGUCUGGAUGGAAAGAAAACUGUAAUCGCCAAGACACAGCUAAGGCUCUGCAGGGCUCGGGAUUGCUCUGGCUGUUCAAAUUUACACCUGUGUAAAUUGUACCUGCUUAGUGAGGACUGCCCUCACAAUCGUGGAAGGCGAGUGUGUUGCUUCAGCCAUGACCUGUACUCUGAUCACAACAACCAGUUGCUGCGGCAACACUAUCUGCAGGAGCUCAGCAGGGAGGAGCUGUGCACUUUACUUCUGCAGAGCACUCUUCUGCCACCGGUGUGCUUCACCUACAACAGAGGUGCAGGUGAGUUUGGGUUUUGUCCCGACAAGGACACCUGCCGUAGGCUCCACAUCUGUGAGAAGUACCUCAGGGGUACUUGUUACAGAGGUGACUGUGACAGGUCACAUGACUUUUUUGAGCCCCACCCAAAUAGAAUAUUGCAGGCCAGGGGCGUGUCCAGCGGAAUGGUGGGAUCCUUGCUGUCCGUGUAUCGGAACAUUCUGGCCAUAUGGGAUUCUAACAGUCCAGGCAUUCACAGCAGAGGCACAGAAAUAUGCCUCUUUCAUAUCAAGAAUUACUGCAAACAAGGAAACAGGUGUGCAAAGGUCCACUUCCACUUGCCAUACAGAUGGGAGUUUAAGGAUGGACAGGGCUGGUCGCAGCUUACAGACAACGAAACCAUAGAGCAAGACUACUGUGACCCGUCAAAGUCCUACAGUGGGGGAAAUGUGCCUGUGCAUUUUGACACCAUGACCCGGAAUUCGGUAGAGGUUCGACGCCUCUCCACAGUCUCCUCGGUGACCCAGCCCACCUUCAUCCUCACCACCAGAUGGGCAUGGUACUGGGAGGACGAGUUUGGACACUGGACUCAGUACGCAUCAUCAGAGGGUGCUGACCAUUCAGCCUCCAUCACUAGUGAAGAACUGGAGAAGAAGUACCAGGAGGACAAUAGUGCUGCUAUUGAGUUCAAUGCUGGAAAACACACCUAUGAACUCAGCAUGCAAGACAUGAUUCAGUCCAACCAGCGGUUUGGCACCAAAAGACUUGUGAGAAGAAGACCUGUCUUUGUCUCAGCAGCAGAGGUUCGAAAGAUUAAAUCAAGUUCAGUCCAGACACGUAAGAGUAUGCCCCACCACUGGGAUAAACUGAACAUGCCAGAAACAGGAUUUAAGAGGGUUACACUUGAAAGUUCCUCAAAGGACUACACAGCGAUUGCUGACCUCUUCAGGCAAACCAUGACUGGAUUUAGAGUGACCAGCAUCGAAAGAGUCCAGAACCACGGCUUGUGGGAGGUUUUUCAGUGGCAAGCAGAUCAGAUGAGAAAAAAUAAUUCUGGACGGACAAAUGAAAAAAUCCUCUUCCACGGCACCGACUCCAAGCACGUUGAUGCCAUCUGUCAGCAGAACUUUGACUGGCGCAUCUGUGGGACCCAUGGAACCGCCUAUGGCAAAGGGAGUUACUUUGCCAGAGACGCCAGGUACUCCCACAGCUACACAAGCCCGUCCAGCUCCAGGACCAUGUUCGCCUGUAGGGUCUUACUAGGAGAGUACACCACAGGGAUGGCUAGCUACGUCCGACCCCCGGCCAGAGAAGACGACCUGAACGCGUUUUACGACAGCUGUGUGAACCGCAUGUCGGACCCGUCCGUGUUUGUCGUGUUUGAAAAACACCAGGUGUACCCCGAGUACCUCAUCCAGUACACCGAGGGUGCUCUGCCACCAGGUGUGCACGUCCCGCAAAGCAUCUCUUCUCAGGGAGCCUCCACCUCACAAGGCCUCUCCAAGGCCACCUCGUCCGCACGAUUCAGCGAUGGGACGACCACCACCACAGACGCACCGUUCAUCUCAAAUGCCAGAGCUCUGCAGGCCACCACCACAGACGCACCGUUCAUCUCAAAUGCCAGAGCUCUGCAGGCCUCUGCUGGAGCUGCCGCUCUUGUGGUUCCCCGCCAGGCUGGGCCAACUCGGCACAUUCCCAUGUCUGCCACAGCCACCUCAGACAAGCCACAAGCGACACACGUAGACUCUAGGUUCAGUUCAAGUGCUCAAGCCAGAGUCCCAGUCUUCACGAAAGCACCUACGCUUGUGCCCAGGUCACACGCUUCACCUGGUUCAACCUUGACCUCAGCAAGGUCAUCAGAUGACCUUGUGAUGUCUGUGUCAGAGAAUACACUAGGCAGUUAUGUCCUCCCAAGUAGUGCACGCUCAACUUCGAUGCCAGUGAGGCCUAGAAUAGCGGCCAAAUCAGCAAGCCUCACUAAGCACUUUGUUAGCCCCAAAACAGAGGUCUCAGAUGCCACCCUUGCUCAUUCGGCUGUUUCUAAGGUGGCACACACCUCGGUCUCUCACCAGACUCCCCAGAGUUUUCCCUCAUCCGGAUGCGUGACCAUCUCUGAACUUGAGGCAGCUGCAAGAGGUGUCAGAGUCAGAGACAGAACUAGUGUUCAGAACUCUGUGGCCAAAGUCCGACCGUCACACUGGCAAGCUGGAAAGGCACUGUCCGAAGCAUCUAUCCCUCCAUCUCUCUCAAAAUAUGUCAGCCCCUUAGAUGAUGUGAGGGAGUUGCAUGCUACCACUGUGUGCUCUCACUCUGGGCUGAUCUCCGACCAAAGCACCUGUGAAAAGCGUCAGGUUCCAGGCUCUGCUAGCAGAACCUUACGUUCUCCGACCACACGGGACUCUGGGCUUAUGUCCGACCUUAACAGGGAGUACCAAAGCACCCUGGAAAAGCGUCAUGUUCCAAGCUCCGCUAGCAGAACCUUAAGGUCUUCGAGUUCAGGCGCUCAUCCAUCAGCGCCAAGCGUGUUUUCACCCUCACGAGCAAACAUCAUGUCUCGUCCGACUCUUUGGCUCUCAGGGGCGAAUGACCCGCAGUUGGCAUCACCCAUGCCUUCCACAUUGCCAUCUGACGCCACGGGCCAGUCUCCACUGUCCCAUGUGGGCGCGUUUUCAGAUUUACUUGAUUACUUCCAGAAACUCUCUAAUCAGAAAUGAGAUUCUGUUUUUAUUUCAAUCUUGGUGAUUGUUGUUUGCUAGAUUGACUGGACUUGCUGAAAUGGCAUCUAUUGUAUUGUAAUCAUAACAAAAAGGAAUUUAAACCAGUACUCACUGCCACAAAAGCACAGCACUAUCUAAAUUAAGUAUACUGUAUCUAAAUAAAUAAUAAUAAAAAUGUAUGUUCAUUGUUUUUUAUUUGCUUCUAUGAGUGUACAGGUUUUUUUACCAUUUUGAAACAACAUAAAUAUCAUAAUUCACUUAAAGGAACACGGCAAAUUAAUAAAUUGAAGUGGGUUAGACCAGUUAGCCUAUAGCUCACUUUUAGCUACAGGCUGGCUACAGGCUAGCUGGUCCAACCCACUUCAAUGAAUUAUGCUAAGAUAGGCUAACUGUGAAGGGAAGAGAAAAGAAGGGUAUGUGUCCUCUUAUCUAAUUCUGGAGAAGAGGGCAAAUAAGCUUACUUCCCAACAAGUGCACGUGUUCCUUUCAGAGUCUAAGUCUGCCAGCAAUAAGAAAAUACUCCAUGUAUGAAAUGUGCAAUUUCAUAAGCUUGUUUUGCGGGUGUAAAUAUUAUUCUCUUUCUUUUAUUCCAGGAAGUUACUUUGCCAGAGAUGCCUCAUACUCUCACAGAUACACCAGCUGGGAGGGAACCAGGGCCAUGUUUGUCUGUCGGGUUCUGGUAGGGGAACCCGCUCAAGGCAACCCCAGUCUUCUCCGACCGCCGGCAAAAAAUGGA